GUCUCUGUGUAUGUGUCACCUGCACCACAGCGGUUCCUCUCCACUUCCUGUUCCACUUAAAGACGAGUGAGGAAGACGCCCGUUAGCUUCAGUCGGCCUCGUCUCCUCCUCGCUGACGCCACGAAAACUCAAUCUGAACGGCCGUUGUUUACGGGAUGGAGCUGCAGACGUGGACGUGUGGCCUGCUGGUCCUCGCCUCCCUGUGUCCCCUGACAGAGGCUGUGACGCUGUACGACCCCCAGCUGUGCUACAUCCUGGACGGGUUCCUCGGCCUGUACGGCCUCAUCAUCACCGGCAUGUUCAUCCACGAGAAGUUCUUCAAAAUCAAAGUGAAGGAGGAGGAAGGCGUCUACAGCUCUCUGAGGGGUCAGGAGGCCGGUGGUUAUGACGAGAUCGGGAGACGAGAUCCAGAGAGAGGGGGGGCAAGGAGUCGUGGACCAGUGACAGGGGGAGACGAUACGUACACGCCGUUGAACCGAGUCGUAGACGGCACGUAUAAAGCACUUCCUGUCAAAAGAGACCGUCAGAGGAAGACCGAGCAGGUGUACCAGGGUCUGAGCACGGCGCACAAAGACACCUACGACAAGCUGCAGAUGCAGCCGCUUCCUCGCUAAUGGCGGCCGCCGCAUCACUUCCUGUCAGUCGCAUCACUUCCUGUCAACCUUAAAAAACA